AUGUCGUCAGAUAUCGUCGAGUCAAAGGAGGGGUUGCACCAGGGGGAUCAGGUGGACGUUCAUCAUGCCGAGAUCUUGGCCGACCCGGAUCUCAUGAACGAUGCCUUCGAUGGCGAGAACCGCGAGCAUGAGAUGGGCGUGUGGACCGCGGUCAAGAGCCACCCCUGGGCUUGUUUAUGGGCGUUCAUCAUGUGCUUCACCAUUGUCAUGGAGUCGUUCGACAUGUUUCUGAACGGAAACUUUGUCGCGCUUUCCGCUUUCCAAAAGAGGUACGGUGUUUAUGUUGAGGGAUCUGGUUAUACCAUCCCAACCCGAUGGCAGAGUGCCCUCUUCCAAGCCGGUCAAUGUGGUGCUUUUGUGGGUGUCUUUUUGGCCGGACCCGUCACCAACCGUCUUGGCUACCGCUGGACUACCAUCUUGGCCCUGAUUCUUAUGAACGCCACAAUUUUCAUUUCCUUCUUUGCCGACUCGCUCACCCUCCUGGUGGUCGGACAAGCGUUGGAAGGUGUCCCCUGGGGAUUCUUCAUUGCAAACUCCCCCGCCUACGCCAGCGAGAUUGUUCCUCUGGCCCUUCGAGGUGCCUGCACGGCUACUCUGCAAAUGAGCUGGUCUAUCGGUUCAAUCAUUGUCGCCGCCGCCACCUAUGGCUACAAUAAGCGAGAGGAUCAGUGGGCUUGGCGAGUGCCUCUUGCCUUGCAGUGGAUCUUCCCCACUCCCCUCUUGAUCCUCAUCUUCCUCGCCCCCGAAUCGCCUUGGUGGCUUAUUCGUCGCGGACGCAAAGAGGAGGCCCUUCGCUCCAUCGAGCGCCUCGGUAGUGAAUCCACAGAGCAUGCUCAAAAGGCACUUGCCAUGAUCGAGCGAACCGUUAAGAUCGAAGAACAGAUGGGUGGUGCCCCGACCCUCCUCGACCUCUUCAAGGGUACCGAUCUGAGGCGAACAAUCAUCACCUGCUUGAUGUACGCGUCACAGAAUUUCGCUGGCAACCUGAUUGCCAACCAGGCAACCUUCUUCUUCGAGCAAGCCGGGAUCUCACCCGACCGUUCGUUCCAGCUCAAUCUGAUCAACUCGUGUCUUCAAUUCGUGGCCAACGCGUGCUCCUGGCCUCUUUCCGCCUGGUUCGGUCGUCGAACCAUCUAUCUCUGGGGCACAGCCACCAACAUCACCCUGCUCAUCAUCCUCGGCAUCUGCGCUUCUGUCCCACAGAACAACUCGACCAACUACGCCCAGGCUUGUCUAGGUAUCCUCAUCUCCUUCGUUUUUGCCGGUACCCUCGGUCCGAUCUCAUACACCAUCAUUUCCGAGACGUCCUCGGUCCGUCUCCGCGCUUUAAGCACCGGUGUCGGUCGCGCCGCCUACUAUGUCGCGGAGAUUCCCAUGAUCUAUCUCGCCUCGAAGAUGCUCAACCCGACGGGAUGGAACCUCGCAGGCAAGUGCGGUUAUGUCUGGGCCGGCACGGCCUGCGUCUGCUGGGUGAUGGCCUUCUUCUUUCUCCCUGAGCUCAAGCACCGCUCUUACCGUGAAAGCGACAUCUUGUUCAAUCGCAAGGUUCCUGCGAGGAAGUUCAAGACGACCGUUAUUGAUGUUAGGGAAAACGAGUGUCGGCCACAAGAGGAGUCGAACGGUCGUAGGUGGUCCAUCAUUCAAAAAAAGCCUCAAUCUAAUAUAUGGACCCAGGAUGAAACAACUGACUCUGCGAAACGAGCCCGUACCGAUGGUGAAGCUGAGGACCUGUCCGACCACCAAGAACCCGACAACCAGGCGGAAGCACCCCGACCCACGGUCAUACACGCUUUUAUCAACAACGAAUUCGUCUUAUCUAGUUCGAAGACGUGGACGAGUGUUCUAAAUCCUUGCACUCAAAGCCUCCUCUCUCGUGUUCCCGAUUGCACGCUCGACGAGAUCCAGACCGCUGUUGAGGCUGCCAGAUCCGCACAGCCCGCCUGGGCUGCCUUAUCCUUCUCCAGACGCCGCGAGUACCUCCUGAGGCUAGUCGAGGCUAUCCGUGACAUGACCCCCGAGAUCGUCGCGUGUCUGUCUAGAGAAGUGGGCAAGACAUUGGCCGAUGCUGACGCGGAGGUAUACCGAGGCCUGGACUCAGUGCAAGCAGCAUGUUCAGUUGGCCCCGAAAUGGCGGGGAUAUAUCUCGGCGCCGAUCCGACGCAGUUGACUACAUUCCAUGAACCACUGGGCGUAUGCAUGGCAGCAACACCCUUUAGUUUUCCCUUCAUGAUACCCCUCUGGUCGAUCCCAUUCGCCUUGGUGACAGGGAAUACGUUUAUUCUCAAGCCCUCAGAGAAAACACCUACCGCGUCGACCCUCCUCGCAACUGCAUUUCUACGUGCAGGGUUUCCACCCGGCGUAUUUAACAUCGUCCAUGGGGGCCCCUCCGCCGUCGACAAAUUGUUGUCCCAACCAUGCAUCCAGGCAGUGAGUUUCGUCGGGUCCGAAGCAGCUGCGGAGCGGAUCUACGAUCACGCUCGCGCGACGCGCAAGCGCAUCCAGGCAGAAUGCGGUGGAAAGAAUCACGGAGUGGUGCUGGAGGACGCGGAUAUGAUGGGGACCCUGUACGCUAUCGCCGGGAGCGCGUUCGGCGCCGCCGGACAGAGAUGCAUGGCGAUGAGCGUGGCGGUCUUUGUCGGCUCGACCAGCGAGUGGAUCCCGAAAUUAGUCGAGUUAGCGCAGUCAAUGGUCGUGGGCUGUGGGAGCGACGAGGACGUCAAGGUCGGUCCGUUGAUCAGCGGCGCGGCCAAGGCGAAGGUCUGCGGGAUGAUUCAGCGAGCGAUAGAGGAGAGGGCGUCGCUGUUGUUGGACGGGAGGGAGGUGUCCGUGGCCGAGUAUCCGGAGGGCAAUUUUGUAGGGCCGACGAUCUUGGCGGAUGUCAAGACGUACAUGGAGUGCUAUCAGAGCGAGAUUUUCGGGCCAGUGCUGAUCUGCAUGGAAGUCGACACUCUUGAGGAGGCAAUCGAGUUGAUCAACCAGAGUAGAUUCGGAAACGGCUGUUCGAUCUUUACGUCCAGUGCACAGAAAGCAGGAAUCUUCCAGCGAGCUGUCAAUGUGGGACAGGUCGGGGUCAAUGUUCCUCUGCUGGCCCCCUACGGAAUGGCGGUUCGAACCAGUAACAAGGACUCUUUUCUUGGAGGUCAGCACUACCGCUAA